AUGCCAUCGUUUCUUUCCGACCAGGACAAUUCGACAAUCUACAAUAAUAACCCCGACAUUCUCAACCUUGAUCCCACGAACCAGUUCGGAUUCGCGAACAAGGAGAGGGUGAAUGGGGGUUCUAUCCGCCACACCCGAUCCGACACCAUCAAUGAGAGCUUUGACGAGAGCUCAAUUUCUUCUACACACGCGUCAGAAGUUUCCGAAUCUACACCAGCGCCUAUGAAUGGCAACAGUAACAGCACGCGGCCUACGAGCAUGAGCUCUGUUUCUAAUGGAAAGUCCGCUACGGCCACACACCCUUUCCGACACGACGGUGCUGCCGAGCAUGACAACUUUGAGCAGAAGCCCAUGUUGAACGGUAACGCAAACCUCGUCGACCGUACCCGCCACCAGCCGCCCGUCGUCAACGGGAUCAAUUCUAAUAUGCCCUCUACGAACGACUACCAACAUGACAGUAUUCUAUCAAAACCUCUUCCAUCAGAACCUCAACACCCAGAAGAAGCUUCAGGAAAUUCCCAUAACGGUGGGAUCGACGGAACUCACACGUUUACGACCACACCACUUACAAAUACCGAUGCGGCGCAGGUAUCGCAGCCUCGCACCAAUGGCGCUCAUCGAUUGUCAUCCCCGCCAAUUUACAACCCUUCAAGCGCGGCUGCUUCGUCGACAGGGCAUCUCCAAGCUCCUCCGCCUGGUCUUAAGCAAAGGCAUACUCUCGAUGUGCCUAAGUACGUCCCAGGUCGUGGAUCCAAAGACGGCAUGGAUACUGCGCAGUCUAGCGGCCGCUUCUCUCCUACCAAUGCCGGAACCUCUAGUGGCCGGCGACCUUCAUUGAGUAUGGGUAGAAGACCAACUCGGUCGAUGCAGUCAGAUGGGCCCCGUGACGAGAUUGUGCCGGAUGAGGAUGCGCUUCGCUGGGCAGAAGCUUUGCGACAAAAACGGGCCAGCAAGCGGCGAAGAAAGGAAGAGGAGGAUGACGACCGAGUGCUUGUCGGCACGAAGGUUGACGAGACUCAUGCUAACUGGGAGACCGCCUAUAACAUGCUUACUGGUAUUCGUGUUUCGGUUUCGAGAACGAAUGCCAAACUCGACCGAGAAUUGACAGAUGCCGACUUUGAUACUAAGCAGAAGUCCACAUUUGACAUUGCCGGUAAUGAGCUGGUACCGUCAGCAAAAUACGAUUUCAAGUUCAAGGACUAUGCUCCUUGGGUUUUCCGCCGUCUUCGAUCUCUUUUCCACCUGGAUCCUGCCGAUUAUCUCAUGUCGCUUACGGGCAAGUACAUUCUUUCUGAGCUCGGCUCCCCAGGCAAAAGCGGGAGCUUCUUUUACUUCUCACGGGAUUACAAGUAUAUUAUCAAGACCAUUCACCACGCCGAGCACAAGUUCCUUCGCAAAAUUCUCAAAGAAUACUAUCAACACGUCAAGGACAAUCCCAAUAUGCUUCUUUCACAGUUCUACGGCCUCCACCGUGUCAAGAUGCCAUAUGGCAAGAAGAUUCAUUUUGUUGUGAUGAAUAACCUUUUUCCUCCGCACCGAGAUAUUCACACUACCUUUGAUCUGAAGGGAUCCACCAUUGGUCGAGAUUACAGAGAGGAGGAUCUGGAGAAGAAUCCCCGUGCAACGCUUAAGGAUCUCAACUGGCUGAGGCGACAGAGAAGCCUGGAGUUGGGCAUUCAGAAGAAGCGCAUGUUCCUUGAGCAGCUGCAGCGAGAUGUCGCUUUAUUGAAACGACUCAAGAUCAUGGAUUAUUCGCUAUUGGUUGGCAUACACGACGUCUCACGAGGGAACGAGGAGAAUCUUCGCGACAAGACGCUCCAAGUGUUCAAUCCCGGUGGUGAAAAGUCUCCUGAUGAUGAACCUAACUCAGUUCUUCUCCGCACCCCAUCCAAACUGGAGAACCAACGAAAGGCCAGGGAGCUGCGACAGAUGAUUCGCCAGGAGCGACCAGUACCCAUGGGUCAAUCAGCGAACAAGAUGCCAGAUGAGUUGCAAGAGGGCCAGCAACGUCCUGGAUGGGUUUUCGGGCAAGAUGAUGGCGGGUUUAGGGCGACCCACGAAGAUAAUACACCAGGGGAUGAGAUUUACUACCUGGGAGUCAUCGACUGCCUCACUCAUUAUGGAAUUAUCAAAAAGAUCGAGCAUUUCUGGAAGGGCCUGUCCAGCGACAAAACACAGAUCUCGGCGCUACCUCCCGACCAGUAUGGUGACCGGUUCUACCAUUUCAUCGAGGGUGUCACCAUGUCCACUGAAGAAGCACACCGAGAGGCUGAGAGGAGACAUCAGGAGAUGAUUGAGGCGCAACGCUCAGAAACGAGGGUGUCAAGCUGGAACUCUCGUCGUCGAUCAUCUCAGGCUGUUCCUCCAGUACCUAGCCAUGUGCCUCCCCCACCACCCGGUCCACGGUCCCCAGAAGCGCGGGAAACGCUUGACAGGGCUAACAAGGCGGCCGAACGCUCAGAGAGACACGGCUUCACUGAAGACCAAGUACCGGAUCGAGUUUUGUCCACUGGCACUGCCAAGGACACUCGCGAUUCAAUGCAGCAUGAGCCUAUCCUUCCCGUUGUACAAGAAGCGGGCGAGAAUGCACGGGAUGAUAACGAACUUCGCCCACUGACACCCCCCAAGGAUUUCAACAAAAGUCUCCCACCUACCAGAGCACCGCCGCCAACCCCUCCUAAGUCUGGGUAUCUUGGACCAGGAAGUGCUGAUAGUGGAUAUGCAGGCUUGAGCAACGGUACAGCUUCAGGCAACAACGGUCCCACGCUCCGACAUAGGGUCAGCCAUGACAGUCUCAACAAAGAGCUGCCGCCGCUACCGAGGAAGGAUGGCACAGAUGAUAACGGAGUACGAAUGGUAGUUUAG